AUGUUCUACCAUCGUCGGCCGUCGCACUCCUCCCUAUUCUGCUUCACUGCGUUUGCCUCCCCUCCCCUGUUCGUCGCCAUUGUUCUUCACUGCCGAUCUGCUUCAAUUCUACCCUGUUCUCCAAGGACAAAUUCCAGUGAAGAUUGUAGUUUGUUUGUCGACUAUGGAAUGAAAAUAUGUCCUAGAAUUCAUGUUGUUAUUAUUAUGAGGGUUGCAAUGACACAUCCAAUGGCUGUAACUAACUGCAACAUCGACAUGGAAAGUUUAAUUUCUGACCAGAACAGAAGCAUUGCUACACUUUCUAUUACCACUCUUUUAAAGACAGGAAAUGAAUCAAGUGUAGAAGGUCUUAUGAAGCAAAUUACAAAUUUCAUGUCUGAUAUUGCUGAUGAAUUCAAAAUUGUUGUUGUAGAAGCAAUGAGAUCAUUGUGCUUAAAAUACAUACUUGUGAAGGAUUUAAAUGUGUGA